AUGGCUGGCAUAAAGGCACACCGUUCAGCCCUUGAAAAAAGCCUUGAAGCCGCGCUUGAAUCGCGAGAAAAACGCUGGAUCCGGCGGCGACUCCCAGAUCCGAACAUAUCCUCCUCCAACUCACCUCUCGUCGACUUCAGUUCAAACGACUACCUCUCGCUCUCAAACUCCCCCACUCUCCGAACUCAUUUCCUUCAACGUCUCUCUGCGGCUCCGGAUGUCCUUGGUUCAGGGGGAUCGCGUCUGCUCGUGAACGGUCGUGCACACGCCGCACUCGAGGCCCGGCUUGCGGACUUCUUCAAAUCAGAGACAGCGUUGCUCUUCAACUCGGGGUUCGACGCGAACGUGGGGUUCUUCUCGUGUAUUCCCCAGCCGGGCGACGUGGUCGUGUACGAUGAGUACAUCCACGCGUCGGUGCACGACGGGAUCAGGGCCUCUCGUGCACGCGACGCGCAGUUCGCCUUCAGCCACAACUCCGUGUUGGAUCUUCGGAGGGUGCUGAUGAGGUUAAAGGAGGAGAGAAAGGGGCUGGCAAUGGGCGAGAACAGCCUGUUUCUGGCCGUGGAGAGCUUGUACAGCAUGGAUGGGACGUUUGCGCCGUUAGCGGAGAUUGUGGAUCUGCUAGACGAAGUGUUCCCGGCGAAGAACGGAUACCUGGUGGUCGAUGAAGCGCAUUCAACUGGCAUAUAUGGUCCCCAAGGCCGUGGUCGAGUUGCCAUGUUGGGCUUGGAGGACCGAGUGCUGGCAAGACUGCAUACAUUUGGCAAGGCGUUGGCUGCUACUGGAGCUGUGCUUUUGACCAACACUUUGGUUCGCGACUAUCUCCUCAAUUACGCACGGUCUCUCAUCUACACCACGUCGUUGAGUUACGCGAAUAUCAUCGCAGGAGACUGUUCAUUCGACAUGCUCACUAACGGAACUGCACAACACUUAUCCAAACGCCUCUUAGACUUAUCAGCGUACUUCACGGAUACUCUACGCCCUCUUCUCGAAUCUCGGUGGAUCCCACCCUCCCUCGUUUCCCUGCCUUCCCACUUGAGCCAAGUCUCGCACCAGGAUCCUUCACCCAUCAUACCUAUAAUGACCCCCCACCCACGACCCCUCUCUGCGUAUCUUCUCGCGCUCGGGAUGAAUGCUAGACCUAUAACAUGGCCGACCGUACCAAAAGGAAAAGAUCGGGUCCGCGUCUGCUUACACGCCGGGAACACGAAGGAAGAUAUGGAUCGCCUGAUCGACGGUAUUCUGGCAUGGGCUGAGGAGACCGUGCAAGAUGGGACGAAGGCGGUGCUUACCACGAGAACCCUGCGCUCAAAUAGCUUGGUGCUUGCUGGCAUUGUAGAAAGUAAACUAUAA